AUGAUCAGUUUAAUGCUGGAACCAUAUUGCGGUCUGUUUGAAAAUUUCAAUAGUAUUAGUCCACUAAAUUGGCAACACUUUGAUGUCGACAAAAAUUAUACAAAUAUUAAUGAUGUGAUCAGUGAUGCCCGCAAACAGCUGCUGACAAUUAUGGCCAAUAAAACUAUUCCCGGAGCUAUAGUAGCGUUCAGUAUUAAAGGCAAAACUGUUUGGUCCGAUAGUUUCGGUUUGUCGGACAUUGAAAACAAUGUGCCCACACAUGUGGACAGCCCGUGGCGAUUGUGUAGUAUUAGUAAACCGGUUACAUCAGUACUAGUGGGUCAACUAAUUGAUAAAAAAUUGGUCGAUUUGGACAAACCUAUUAACGACUAUUUGCCGCUCAGUUUGUUUCCUAUUCACCGAUACAAUGGCACUGAAUAUAAGCUAACACUUAGACUACUGAUGUCACAUAUGGCUGGCCUACACAUAACGGACAUUACCAAAGAUUUUAGUAAAUUUUUUAAGUCAACAAACGUUACACAAAUGAUUAGUUUGUUUAACAACGAACCGUUACUUUUUAAACCGGGAACUGAUUAUAAAUACUCUAAUUAUGGUAUUCAAGUGGUCGGUGCUAUCAUAGAGUCAAUACUAAAAACUAAUUUUGUCGAUGAAAUGCAGAAACUGUUUGCUAAAAUCGGUAUGAAUUCAACUGUCAUUGAAAAGCAUGAAAAUCUAGUCAAACAUAGACCCAGAUAUUACUCUUCAGUACCCAAUAAGCCAUCAGUUUUACAAAAUAGCGAUCUAAUUGAUGAUAUGGUUAGCUAUGAGGGCUGGUGGCCAUCAGGUGGUAUACUAUCAACUGUUACCGAUAUGUUAAGGUUUGGCAACACAAUGAUUGAUGCCUAUCACGGAACUGAUCAAUCAAUUAUAAGCCAAUCGACAAUCAAAGAGUUAUGGAAACCCGAAACACUUGACAUAAUUAAACCUAAAUAUAAUUCAGAUUACGGAAAACAAUGGACAGUUUACAAUAUGAAUUCAAGCUAUCCAUACAAACUGGUUGUCGGACACUCAGGUGGACUUCCCGGUACUUCAACACAGUUAACACUGUUUCCCAAUGAAUACAUUGUCGGCACAGUGUUUACCAAUAAAGGCGGUGCUGUACUUGAAUUGAAUGAAUUUAUAACAAAUGUGGACAAAUUAGUAAACAUAUAA